AUGUCGCCAGAACUAUCUGUCCCUACCCAAAAUGAGAAGGAUUAUUGUCAUUUUUGUUUUGGGGCCAUAGAUUUGGUGCUGGUGUUUCCACACGUCCGUCCUGAUUUGAAAAGCUUCAUCGACAAUGUAAUUGGAAUUCAAUUGACUCCAGACGCACAAGAAACGUUCACCUUGUGCGGUGAAUGUAUCGGAACAAUGGAUAUGUUCACUGCAUUCCGUUCCAAAUGUCGUUCCCACUUCGACAAAGUGUGUGAAGUGAAAAUUAUGAACCAAGCUGUAAAAAAGAUGUUUCCAUUGCUACAGCAGCACAUAACUACAGAUCAAGCUUCGCUCUCCAGCACGAUGCUUUUGAACGUACUGAAUGAAUCCAUCAGUAAUGGCGACCCAUCGUAUCCAGCAGCUGACUUAACAGAAGACAUUACAAGUCCAACAAAUGGCCAAAAUAACACUGCUAACGGCUACGUUAGAAGAGCUUCCAAGAGAGUCUACGGUCAAUCACCAUCGCCUGAUAUCGGUGCUGAUUCUGCAACUAAAAAGCUAUGCACCCAAAGCGAAACCUCAAAUCGUAAGACAAAAUUUCACCACAUUCGGAAGCUUGUGACACGCUGUCAGCAGAACCGAUUACAGAAUAUCGAUGCGGUGCAUAGAUCGUCGAUGUCCUCAUCUAUUGGCCGUGUAUGUAGAAGAAUUGAGUUUAAAAAGAAUCUUCCAUUGGCGAAUGGAAGAAUAACUUCCGGAAACAACACUCCACCCUGCAAGCCUUGUGUAGUUGUGGUACACAAAUGUCUCCUCCCACAAACUGUAGGCGAAUCGUGCAAAUCGUAG